AUGCCUACAACGUCCGGGGUUGAUUUCGACCCUGAAAAGGAUAUACCUUCUCUUCAGGACAGAAUUAUAUUCGUGACAGGCGGCACUGCUGGUCUCGGACGUGCUUCAGUCGAAGCCCUUGCGAGACAUGAACCUACCCACAUAUAUUUUACGGGCCGCAACACGCAAGCCGGCGAGUCGCUUAUUGCCGAUGUAAAGAAGAUAAACCCAGCAGUGGGAAUGACCUUCGUUGAAAUGGAUAUGACGUCUUUGUCAUCAGUGAAGGAAGCCUGCGAUCAGUUCUCUUAUAGACGACUCGACAUUCUCAUGUCGAAGAUGGUUGAGAUACGCUUCGCCGUCAAUCACCUUGCUCACGCAAUGAUAAUCCGACGUCUCCUGCCCGCCAUGGUAAAGACAGCAGAGAUGCCAGACUCGGACGUUCGACUGAUCCUUCUGACGUCUAUUGGUUGGUGCAUGCACCCGAAGAACGGCAUAGAAUUUGACACUCUGCGUUCUAAGCAAGAGAACUUGGGAAUACCGGGGUUUAGUUUCCAUUAUGCGCAAAGCAAACUAGCGAAUAUACUGUACGCAGCCGAAAUAGCGCGCCAAUAUCCUAGCAUCAAAGCAGUUUCCGUCCAUCCUGGCGUCGUGGCCACGGACCUCGUCAACAAUCUGCCAAAUAUGAGAAAAGUUUUGGUAUAUGCUGCAAACUGGCUGAUGGGGGUCGGUGUUGUGGAUGGAAAAAAGGGUCGCCUGAGCCAACUUUGGGCGGCGGCUGGUGCGAGUAGAAAUGAACUCGUGAGUGGAGCGUAUUAUACGCCGGUUGGGAUACUGAGUAAUGACAAGCUGGAUAACUUCGCGAAGAGCGAGGAGUUGGCUCACGAGUUAUGGUUGUACACCGAGAAUGCCCUAUCGAAGGUCGUGUAAGUUAGGUACGGAAAUUGAGAAUGGUAGAAUCCAUAGUAUGCCAAAAUAACUCCACACAUUCAUCGCUCAAAUCCUUUGGCUAUCUUCAACGGUUCAGCAUCGCGCCUUGGAAGUGUCGUGGCCGUUGUGUUGCGAAGGACACGGCCAUGGUUAACACACUGGCUCUAGAAAUGAAGUCAAAAUUAUUUCCAAAGAGCAAAGCAAAUGGUGGCCGAGCUAAAGGGGUUAAUGGAUAUAGGGGUGUUUCAGAGACUUCAAGUAAUAAUUUAACUCCGGACUCGCCGCAAGGACUCCCAACAAAUGCCCGUGGACUUACGCGUAAGAAACAGAAGCGGAACAGAUAAGCUAUUAUCUGACCCGAGGGUUUUCAAACGUUGCAAUGUCGCUAUUAACUUAGCGAUGUUAUGGAACUAUUGGAAUAACUCGGCCGAGCAUGUUCCGCCUACCCCGGUCGCCAGCAAGAGUCCACACGAGUAUUCGUUAAUGACACUA